UUGCUGGCUCAAGAUGUGAUGAAGGAGAUGGGAGGCCAUCACAUCAUGGGCCUCUGUGUGCUCAAAUGGGGCUAUAAAUUCUUUGCUGACCUGCUGGAUUACAUCAAAGCACCAAACAGAAAUAGUGAUAAAUCUAUUCCUAUGACUGUAGAUUUUAUCAGACUGAAAAUCUACUGUAAUAACCAGUCAACAGGUGACAUAAAAGUAAUUGGUGGAGAUAAUCUCUCAACUUUAACUGGAAAGAACUUCUUGAUUGUUGAAGAUACAAUUGACACUGACAAAACAAUGCAAACCUUGCUUUCCUUGGUCAAGCAGCAUAAUCCAAAGAUGGUCAAGGUUGCAAGCUUGCUGUUGAAAAGGAUCCCUCGAAGUGUUGGUUAUAGACCAGACUUUGUUGGAUUUGAAAUUCCAGACAAGUUUGUUAUAGGAUAUGCCCUUGACUAUAAUGAAUACUUCAGGGAUUUGAAUCAUGCUUGUGUCAUUAGUGAAACUAGAAAGGCAAAAUACAAAGCCUAAGAUGAGAGUUCAAGUUGAGUUUGGAAACAUCUGGAGUCCCAUUGAAGUCACCAGUAAAAUUAUCAAAUGUUCUAGUUCUGUGGCCAGCUGCUUAGUAGAGCU